AUGAUUUUUCCAACUAUUUUACUAAUUUUAUCAACUUUUUUGCCGUCUGCUCAUCUUUUGUUCAUUGGAAAUGAGACAGGUUUGUUGGUUUUUUUUCGAGUGAAUGAUUUCAUUUUUCACUUGAGUAAAACCCUAAUUCUAUGCUGAAAUUUGAUAGAUCUUUUGAUUUAGAAAAAAAUGAUCUAUGAUUUUAUUCUUUCUAAUUAAUUAUUCCACACUUUGAGGGGUAAGCGGAAGUCUAGAAAUUUUCUGGAAUGAAUCAAUACAUUUUUCAUGAGCUCAAACCAAGAAAAGUUCUCAAGACUGCAAUUAAAGCCAGAGAAAAUUUUUUCAAAAAUCACUCCUAUAACAAAUUAAAUUCAAAAUUUUCAGAAAAAAAGGGAAAAAAUCACAAAAAAUUGAAAUUUUCAGACGCGACCUUCGAGAAAAAUCAAACAUUGAAUGAAACAGAAGAAAAUUUUUCAUAUGCUUUUCAAGUUCAGCUAGGUGAGCUUUUUCUCAUUAUUUUUAUCUAGGAAAAUCUAAAAAUAAUAAUUGCAGAACUAAAAGUAACAAAAAUAGAAGAGCCGCUAGUCGAAAUAGAAGAAAGAUUGAAUAAAUUAGUGCAAUCCUCAUUUAUGCUAGCAAACUACAAACAUCGCAAAGAAAACUUGCCAAAAGAUUUUGAUAUGCCAAAUUCUGAUUAUCGAACAAAGGUUAGUCUUUUUUUUUUUGAAAAAAUGAUAAUGUUGUUAAAAAUAUUAAAAAAAUAGUCGUUUACGACUUCUAAAAACAAAAGAAAAAAGACUAAAACUUGGUUGGGGCUAAAAAAGAAAAAAGAAACGAAAAAAGAACGAGAAAGAGCCAUUUGAAAAUUGGAAUCGAAUAGAUUCCACAAUGUGUUGUUUGUUUUGUUUUCAUGUUUUUGCCGGUUAUUUUGCUCAUUUUUAGAAGAACAAGGUUUUUUGACUAGGCUGGCGGAUAUCUUGAAAAGAGCAACAUUUUGCAAUAAAACAAUCAGAAAGGUCCCAUUGGGAUUCGGGGGAGUGAUGUUUUAGAAUAAGGAAAAAUAAAAAGCAAAACAUUUUUCGAAAUGAGCCUGUCAGCUCCAAAUUUUGAAAAAAAUGAGUAAAUUUAGGUUCAUUAAUUGACUGUAUAUUUGAAAGAAAUGUGAAAAACUCGAAAAAACACAGAAUUCAUUCUACAAAAAACGUUUGCAUACAUUUCUAAAUUGGUUGGAAACAUCCAAAAGACACACAAAAAAAGAAAGUCGAACUCAAUUUCCUCAUCUACUUCUUCAUUCAUUCGUUGUCUUUAAUUAAACUCAAGAGUUCUCUGUUUUUCAACUUCCUCAAGAUAAGAAAAUUAAGAAAAAAAACUUUUUCAACUACAAAAAUUCGGAAAAAAAACCUAGGAAAUAUACAUAUAAUGCCACGAAAAUGAACCCAAAGAAAAUGAAAUUUGGUUGUGUUGAGAAAAAAAUGUAUAUACAUUUUGGGUCCGAAAAGUGACGAAACUUUUUUUUUGUUGGUGGUGGUGGAGGAGAAAAAGAGGAGAAAGAAUGUUAUCCACCCCAAAAGCUACACACCAUUUUGGACCACCAUGUUGUUGCUUGUUGUGAAAUUGAGAUACUUGAAACAUGAAUGAACUUUUUUAUGGAUGGAGGGAGGGAGAAAGAGGGUGUAAAAUGUUUAGAGAAUUGGGAGAAGAAACAUGUUUUUUUUGGAUGAAGUGCAUCUCAUUUUCUAUUCACGUUUUUUUCAUCAUCAAAUUUUUUUACACGACUACACAAAAAUUGAGAAAAAUGUUUUUUGGUUUUUUUGGAGAACUUUAAAAAAAAACUUUUGAAAGCCAAAUGUUUUGUGAAAAAUCGAGAAUUUAUAGUUUAUUUUGAAAAAUAGUAAAAAAAAAAUUUGAAAAUAUUCAGAAACAACAUUUUGAAAAAUCAAGUGAUAAAAACAAUUUUCUGUAAAAAUUAAAAAAUCGUAUUUCUGGAGUUUUUCCAUUUGAAAAAAAAAAAGAACAACAACUUUGAAAAAUUAUAGAAAAUUUGUUUGAGUCUUUUCUCAAAAAUUGGAAUUGUUUCAAAAUUUUUAGAAUCAUAAAAAUCCUCUCUAAACAUUUUCUCCACCUUCAGCCUUACCCAUAUCCAUAUUUCCUCAAAGAAUAUGAAAAAAUGACAUAUUUCUGAACGAGCACUUAAUUAAUUAAUAAUGAGAAACCACCCACGUUGCAAAAAAAAGAGCCAGCGGCACUUUUUCCUACUUCUCUAUUCUCAAAGGCGACAAAAAAUAACAAACAAGAGAAAGAAGAAAAAUGGAGGCGAAAAAUAUCAAAAACUAAAUAAUCGCUUUUCUUCACUAAUACACUCAAAAGCCUCCCACCACCAAAUACACCAAAAAAACUGAAUAAGCAGCACACACACACACUCACACACACACACACACAAAAAAAUUGGAAAAAAGCAGCAGCUUUUUUAAUCGAUGUCUUGGAGUUACAUACAUGUCUCGGUCUCACUCAGUAGUCAUGAUGUCUUUUUUCCUCCCGUUUUGGUCUUCUUGGAUAGAAGAAGAAAAAAAGAAAGAAGUAAAAGAUGAAGAGAAAAGAGAGUGAAUUCCUCCAUUGGUGUACGAAAUUUUUUGGAAGAAGAAGAAGAAGGCGAAGAAGGAAAAAGAAAAGCUGAAUCAGAAUCCGGAAAUGGUGGUGGUGGAGAAGAAGAAAAAAAGAAUAAGACGAGAAAUACGAAAUAUCUAGCACCACAAAAAAAGAAGACACACGAUUUUCAAUUCGCACUCAUUUCCGAUACGUGUUUUUUCUCAAUUCUUGAUGGUUCAAGAUUAAUUUUUGUUCCGAGAAUAGUAAUUUCCGUUUUUUUACCAUCUCGAACAAAAUUUAUUUUUUUUUUUUUUUCGAAAAUCAACGUUCGUUAAAAAAUAUGUAUAAUUUUAAUAAUAGGAUACCAAACCAAAACAAAUGCUUGACAAAAAAUAAUUUCCGGUCGCCUCCCAGCUAGUCGAAAAAAAAGUUCAUCGGAAAUGGAACGGAUAUAUACAUGGGAGGCCCAUUUUCUUUAGGGUGACAAAAAAAAAACAGAAUUCUAAUUUCCUGAAAACCUUUUCAUAUUGUUUUUUAUUAGAAAAGGUCACAAAGUCUCAUUUAAAAUUGAUUAGAUUUUUGCGGUGAACGCGAACAAAAAGGAACGAAUAAGAUUAAUUAGGUAGCACGGAAAAUAAUAUGAAAUGUUUGUCUAGAACAUUUUUGAGAAAAUUGGAAAUUGGUUUUUUUGAGAAUUUAUGGGUGGUAAUAUAGUUGGAUUUAAUUUGGAAAAUUUAUAGUGACUCAAGAUUUUCGAAUCAAAAUUUCAUUACAAUUCGUAAAUAUUUAUGAUAGUACUAAAUUCCCAGUUUGCUUUGUUAAGCUCCAAAAACUUUCCGAUAUCUCAAAAAUCACAAGAUCAAAUGUUAUCCAAUGACAUUUAGAGAUCGUUUAGAGGAUUUUCGAAACCUUACAAAGAUUUUGAAAAGUCUGUUUUUUAAAGAUUUUCUGGAUAUCACGGUUUUUUGAACUAGAAGUUCAAAAAUUCGAAUUUUUUUAUUCGACGAAAUUCAGAAAUUUUCAAAAGCUAUUUAGAAUUUAAGAAAACUCUCGAAAAAUCUCAAAAAAAUAAGAUUUCAAAACUUAUCUCUAUUGAAUCAGGCUAUCUACAAAAACCUAAAUUCUGAAUUUCAACUCCAAGAGAAAAAAAACAAUAUUUUCCACUCAAACCUUCAUCAUCAACAAAAAGUAUGAUUCAAAACGGAACGGCUGAGCAAAAAAAAUGAGAGAGCAAAGUUAAAAUAGGCAUUUUAGUAGUUCCGAGAAGUAUUUUCUUGGGUUCUUAAAAAAAAGAGGAAGAGUUCGAAAAAUAUUACUUUUAUGUUUUUUUCAAGCUUGCUAGCACGCACGGAAAAUAAAUAAAUAUAUGUUCAAGAAAAAUAACCGGGGUGGAUGAAAUGAAUAAUUGUUACUACUCAAAGCAAAAUAUAUUAUUGCAGAUCAUCAAAAAACGUGUAGCUGAUGAUGUAACAUAUCUGCAUUUUAUCACAUAUUCAAGUACUGGUAAACCGAUAGCUGGAGAAGUUAUUGCGGAUGAUUUGAAUCAAUUGAGUGCCACACAAAUUUCAGCCACUCUUCAUUAUCCAAUCAAUCGAGUUAUUUGUGAGUUUGAAAACAAAAUUGGAACAAAACCCGGAAAUUAUUUGAAGAGAGUAGGAAAAAAAAGAGUUUGAACUAUAGGGAUAUGAAUAAAUGUUAUCUCAUUAAUCUAUCUCUAAUAAUAAUUUUUAAAUAAAACUUUGAAAUUUUUGGAAAAAACUGUGUACACGUUUUUGUUUGCAGCAAAUCGUGACAUCGAAAACAACAGCGGUUUUCGAUGGUGGUUCCUUGCUGGUAUUUUGGGAAUUGGUGUAAUUGUAUUUUUAAUUGGCUGGUUGAUUUUGUUCAUUUAUUUCAAUACAUGCGGUGCAAGUAAACGAAAUGCUGAUGGUGAUUAUUUGACACCAGCUCAAAGAGCUCAAAUGAAGAAGGGAAUUAUAAUUAAUCCAAGUCCACCAUGGGCAAGAGGGUGAGUUUUUUUUUAGAUGUAGUAAACAUUUAUUUUAUAUGAUGUCACUAAUUCACAAAGUCUAGAAGGAAUUUGAAGGGAAGUUGAAAGUAGAAAUCAUACAGUUUGAAAAAAAGGAGCUUGUGAUAUACAAAAAAAAACCCAAAAGCCGUAGAGAUUGCAGUUAGUCCUUUAAGGUUUUCCAAAUUCCAAACUUUUUAGUGACCUUCUGUAAAAUGCCUGAAAUCACACAACAAAAAUAUCAUGCACCCUUUAACCAAUCAUCUGAAACGGUGUCACUGUCAUUUCAGAACUCUAAAAGUUUUACGACGAUCAAAAUUAAAUUUGUAACCUAAUGUAUCGUAAACCUACUAUCGAUUCAAUUCUUCUUUCACUAAGUUUUUCUUUAAUUCAAAAAUUGCUCUAAUUUUUCAAAUUCAAAUUCCAAAAAAUGAACUAACCGCAGUUGUUCGUUUCGGUUGAUUGCGAAUGCGAUAAUGACGAUCGUGAUGCAGCCAAAAUUCCAUAAAGUGAGCAAUCUAAUGUUUGCAGAAUCUACGAUCAUCCAUUAGGUGAGCCGUGGGUUGAUCCUGGAUCUUCGAAAGCUGAUUCUUCUGAAAACAAUAAAAAACAACGUAAGUUUUUUUAGAGGUCAAGAGAAUUUUCAAAAAAAAAUACACAUUUUUUAUCGAGAAAUUUUUGAAACAUGAAAUUUACAAAAAAAAUCCUAACCUACACUUCGAAGAGAAAAAAAAAUAAAAAUUAGAAAAUAAAACAGUGUUGGAUUAGAGAUGCAGAGAAAAUGAGAGAGUGUGAAAAGUGGUGAGAGAAAGAGAGGAAAACACAGUAAAUUCAAAUUUAUAUAUUUUUGUUAAAGAAAAGUUUAUUGAUCAAAUCAGAAAAAAAAGAAGUAGAUGUUUCAAUCGGUUUUUUAUGAAUUUUUAUUUUGUGGAAUUUUAAUUGAGAAAUAUUUUGUGCUUGAAAAAAUGAGAAAAAUAUGAUGAAUCUUUUAAAUGUUUUGACGAUUUUUUCUCCGGGAUAGAAGAUAUACGUCAAGCAAAAAAUGAGUAACUAGAAAAAAAAAUGAAAAAUAAAUAACAAUUUCUAAAUAGAGUCAAAAAACUUGAGAGCGCCCCCCGAAAACUUUUCAGAGAGGAAAGUAAGAAGACUUUGGAAUAAGUGUGUGAAUUUUUCGUGAUUUUUUAGUGUUGAGCAGGAUUUUUUUGUCGUAUCCCCUGCUCCUGCUUUUUCAUCUCAUUUUUUAUUUGUUGUGCACUUUGAAAAAUGACUACUAAGCACAACAACCGUAAUUGGCUCAAAGAAAAGAACGCGAAAAAACGACAUUUUUUUGCAUGUCGAUCCACGAUUUUUUUCAAAAACCAAACGGAACAAGGAUGGAUAGAUAGAUAGACUAAAAAUGAAAUGAAAGAAAAAUAAUUAGACAUGAAAGCAUUUAUUAAAAAAUCUGGGAAGUAUAUAAAAAAAGUGAGAGAGGUCGUUUCUAAGAAGACUAGUAAGUAAGUGCAUUUCUAAUUGCCAUUAUUUCGAAAGUUAGAAGUGCUCAAGUCGAGAAGAAAAAGAAAUAACAACUCAUUAAUAAUUGAAAUAAGGAAGGAAAACUGAAGGAUAAACAGCGUUCAAGAAUUUUGCACUUUUGGUUCUAGUUUGAAUGAUUCACUGCAAUUAUAAGAGAAUAUUGGGGAAUGUUUAGGUUCUUCGAAAUAGUGAAAUUUUUUGAAUAAAACUUUUCCGGAAACUUUUUAAAUAAAUCUUGUGAUUCUUCAAAAUCAAAAAUUUUGGAUCCCCGAAAAUCUCUAAACGUUUAAAGUAAUUUUUUAUAUUAAAAAAAUUGUCAAGCUUUGUAUUUUCCUAGUUUGAAUAAUCCAAAUUUCAAUUUGUUUCAUAUUUAAAAAAUUUCAAAUUCCAAAAAUUGAUCCCUCUAGCUAAACAAAUUAAUAAUUUGAAGAAAAAAAAAUUGUUUUGCCCAAAAAUUUUAAAAAGAUGAAAUAUUUUUCAGUUUCCUCUUCCUUUUCAACUAUAAAAGAGAAAUGUAUAUAAAUUGAAAAAUGUUUAGAAAAGCUUAAUUUCUCCCCCCAAAAAAUAGUGAAAUGUAUAUAAAAUUAAUUUUCAUUUCAUGUUCUUCUCAACUCAUUCUAGCUCUCUCAUUUUUUUAGUAAAACUGACCAACCAUGUCCAUCACUAAUCCUCAAUAUCUAAUGAGAAAAUGUGGGGAGCAAAAAUAAACUAAAUGUUUUUGAUGAUGGAAAAAAAAACACCAGACACAAAAUUAUUUAUUUUCUCUCGGUUUUUGUUGGUCCAGGAUGGAGAGUCCAGAAAAUAUUACAAAUACUUGAAUAAAACACUUGAGGCAAAAGCAUAUAUAUAUAUAUAUAAGUAUAAAAAAAUAUUCCAGUUUUUAUGAUUAGUCUUAUUUGACCAAAAAAAAUAUUGAGGGAUAUGCAUUUUUACCAAAAGAUGGUCAUGAAAUGGAGUUUUAAUGCAUUCUUAAUUUUUUAUUAUUUUCUUUUAUUUUCGGUGAAAAAAAGAGUGAAAAAGGAAAGAAAAGAGCAAAGAGAAAAUCAAGAUUGCCGGUCGUUUAAUUAACUAAACUAAUUGGUAAGAUUUUUUAAUGUACAUUUAUGUCUGCAAAGAAAAACCUCACAGCCCAGAAAAAAUACAUUUCUAGAACUUUGGAACAACGCUAAAAAAUAAGCAAAAAGCAGAUUUCUCAAGGGUAUUGAAGACCAAAAAAAAACAAAAAAAAACUCUAUUAUUUUUCAGAUUUUUCAUUUACAUAUACAUAUUCUACAUAUGUAUUUUUUUUUCUAAAACUGAUUCAUUCAUUCACAUUCAGAUUUUUAUCGAGAAGCGAAAAAAUGGAAAAACAUUCAAAUAAUUGGGAAAAAAGACAUUUUGAAUGGGUUUCGUAGGAUUUAUGGGAAAGUUCGAAACAUCAAUGUUCUUUUUUGUUACUAAAUGAAAAUAAAAAUGUACAAAAUUUUCUCAAAAUGUGCCAAACUGAAAUUUAUGUAGAAGAAGAAGAAAAAUAGUUUCCCAGCAACCCUUUGGAAAUGAAAAAAAAACUCAUGCUUGACUGAAUUUGAAAAAUACAAAUUUGAAACAUAAAAAACAAAAAGAAAAUUUUGGCUGACGCAAAAGUCAAAACACAACAAAACGUGGGCUAGGAAUGAAAGAAGAGGUCAGAUUCUCGAGGCGGAAUCGGGAUUUUUCUGCAAAUUCAGCAAAAAAAGAACAUAAUGAAUCCGGAAAAAGCAGAUUUAUCAAUAAUUUUGAAUUUUCUAGAGUUACACAAAAAACUGAUGUGAGUUUUGAGCGUAGAUCGAAUACUUUUCCCAAAAUUCUUUGAGAUCAAAAAAUCGCGAGAAAUUUUUUUUUUUCGCGUUUUUAGUUCCAUCAGAUAAAAGUAAUAUUUGAGCGCAAUUCCCCAUAAAAAUAUUUCGAAUGAAGAAAACUAAAAAAAAAAAAGCCGAACUCUUCAAUUUUUUUAAAUUUUCAGCAAAAUACAAAAGAUCUUUCCGAACUUUAUCGGAAGCUCAAUUGGAAAAACGACUAAAAGAGGAGCGUGAAGCAAUAGUCGAAGCAAUAUCAAACAUGAGGCACAAUUUCAAAAAAUCUGCUGAAAAUGCGUCAACUUCCACUCCAACAACUUCAUCAACCGACACAGACAACAAUCAAGAGAAAACAUCUUCUGCUUCUGCUUCUUCUUCAUCGAAAAACAAAAAACGUUCGACUAUUUUUCCUGUCAAAAUAGGACCGAUGAAUGAUACAACCGCAGUAGCAGCAGCAGAAGCUGCUAACACUAACACCAAUACCAACACCAAAACAACAAGUAUAAUGGACAAAAAAAAGAAAAUGAGAAGAAAGGAGAAUGAGCAACCGAAGGAAACAUCGGAAAUUAGUCACGAAAAUGAAAAUAGUGAUGAAAAUAAGAACAACAAGGUUUGCUCUUUUUAUUUUUUUUUCUUUGUUUUGAGCGAGAAAAAUGGGUGUGCUUGUAAUUGAAAUUAUAGGUUUUCGAAAAAAAAGACAGUUAUAAAUCAUAUACAUAAGUGACAGAAAAAAGUGUAUGUUUUCCGAAAACAAUUCAUCAUUGCUUCAGCAUUUUUUUCGAUUUCUGUUUCUGUUUCUGUUUCAAGACGAAGACAAAAAAAUAUUCGGAAAAAUAUGAAUUUUUGAAACAUAUGGCUAAAAGUAACUGCGGGAAUGUUAUAUUUUAUGUUUUUUUACUCUCUCCGAAAAAAACGGAAAAAAGAAAAAACCACAAAAUGUGAGAAGUAUGCUAACGAACCAAUUUUUUCAAACGAAUACGUAUAAUUUUCAAUAGAAAUAUAUGUAUAGCUAGGUUUUUUUACAAUAUCAAAAACCAAAUUGGAUUAUCGUAAAACAUAGAAAUUCAAUUUCGGAAACAAUUAAUUCUACUUUUUUUCGAAAGAAAAAUCAUGGUUUUUUCAGAAAAACAACAACGGAGAUAUUAAAAGUGAGCCUGAAUCUGACUACGGAAGUACAACAACUGAAGAAGAUGACAAAAAAUUGAGAAUUAUUACUAUUUCUUCGGGAAGAAAUUCGCGGCCAAUGACUGCGCGCAAACAGCGAACUUCGUGUUUUGAAAAAGGUUAGAAUUACGUUACAGCAUUGAAACUGAGGUUCGCGUGCUAGAAUUAUUGCUGGUUUUUUUCAAAAGGAUAAAACGAAAAGUUUUGUUAUUCAAAAUCCCUGCUGCGCAAAAGUUCCGCGCAUUUUUUUCAGUAGAUUUGAAAUAUAGCAUUCUGAGAAGCUUUGAAAAUACAAAAAUAGUUUUCAAAACUCAUUGUAAUAUUAUCAAGUUACUAGAAAUUCGACAUUUUUAAGUUCUAGAUCGCCUAGAAAUCACGUACACCCUAUUUCGCUAAUGCAAAUUUUUGAUCACAGUAGUCAUGUCUGGAAAACAUUUUCUUUAUGAGAAAAAUUAGAAAAUGAACAGCACGCAUAAAUAUCACAAAUUCACAACAAAAAAUAAUAUCAUAAAUUCAUGCGUUUUUACGUUUUCAUGAUGAAUUAUACAAAAUUUAUCAAUUUCUUUUCUUUUUUUUGCUUUCCUAUGCUAUUCUUCUAUUCUAUUCUAUGCUAGCACGUUUUCAACAUGCACAAAAAAACGAACAGAAAAAAAAUGUUAGCUACCCAAAACCGCUAAAUCAUCCUCAUUUUUUCUCUACCAGAAAGCAAAAAACCAACUGAAAAACAAGGAUUAUUGUAUGUUUGUUUUUUUUGCAGAAACCGAUGAUGAAAAACCACAAGAAAUAUCAAAAGUUUGGACACCAUAUUUGGCUGCCGAUGUUGUUGCCAACAAUUUUUGGAAUAAUAAUAAUGUGAGAAAUUUGGGAAAACACAAAAAGAGGAAAAAUAUAAUAAGAAAAAUUGGAUGCGUUUUGUAGUCUGAUAUUUUUUUCGAGUAUUUUUCAAUGAAACCAAUAAUCGACUAGAUAAGAUUUUCAAAAAUAAGAGGGAGCUGAUGAAAAUUCAAAAUUAUCUAAAAAAGGCAAGGGGCAAUCAGAAAUCAAGCCAUAUGCGAUGUCCAAAGUAAAAAAUAUAGCAAAAAUGCGAGAAUAUAUCGUCCAAAGCUCGCCUUAUAUUCAAAAUACAGAACAGAGAAACAGUGUGUAUAUUCGAGAGACGCAGACACGAAACAGAGAAAUGGUGUGUAUAUUCGAGAGACGCAGACAGCUAGACCGAGACGAUAUAUUUUCGCAUUUUUUGUUAUAUUUUUUACUUUGAACAUUUUUAAGAUAACCAAGCAAUACAAAUGAAUUUUUUUCGAAUUAAAAGUAGAAACAAAUUCAAAUAAUGAUUGAAAAACACAAAAUUGAUUUUAUUAAACUCUUGAGCUGAUACUUUUGCUCUAUCAAAUCAAAAAGUGAUGUAUUGUCAGUUUUUGAAAGGUGAAAUAAGAUUUCAUCCAAAGCAGAUUAAAGUGUUCCCGGAACACGCAUACUUUUAUAGGCUAUAUGAUUCGAAUCACUUCCUGAUAACUAGGGAAAUUUUUUCAGCCUGAACAUGUUCGACCAUCUUCACCAACAAUGAAUGGAAUCGUCGAAGUUAAAUCCAAAUACUAA